UUUCCUAGUGAAAAACAAAGAAGUUAUGCAUAAAAUGAAGUUACUUCUUAUCGAAAUAUUCACUAUUUUAUUAUCAAUGGGAGCUUUAAACGCUGAAAAUGCCAUCUCACCCCUGAAAACCUCAAUCAAUCGGCUCAAAAUGAUAUCCCAAAUACUCAAUGCGAUGUCUAUUCAAAAAGGAUUGAUCUCUGGCACACUUGACCCGGAAACCUUGAUCUCCGAGCUUCUUGGCUCAGCCCUACCCAGUGAGCUUGCCUCAAUUAACAUGCUCCACGUUCAACAGGGCAUUGAAAUCGGGUUAAAUAUCCCUAAAUUGCUCCGUGACGCUGCUGGCGAUGAAAAUGCAAAAGCUCGCAAAGCUUAUGAAGGGUACAAUGCAAUAUUGAAGGAGAUUGAUGGAAUGAUCGAUGUGAAAAAUUGGAGUGGAAAGGCAGAUUUCGAUAAAGGAAUUGCAGAGCUUCGUAAGGAUUAUGUCAAGCCAAAAGUUCUAGAAAACCUGGAGAAGAUCUGCCAGAAUCUUACAAGUAUUUUAAAUUCUGCAACUUUGGAAGCUGACCAGUUAUCCACAGCCCUAGAAGCUCUAACAUCACUGUCUACUUCAUUUAACGCGACCUCCGACAUCUGGAUGUUCCAUGAAUACACUUCAACUAUCCAGGCAGUCGCUCCAUUUUUGAAAACUGCUCGAGGCGUGGAGGAGCAUUUGAAAUACAAGGAUAACUUGAAUCUGACCAAAAAGGAAGAAGCCGCAUUUAACAAGUAUAUAUCCAUUUACACCAAUUCUGCAGUGCAUAUGUUUCUUGAUCUAGGCCCACUUAUUGGGAAGAUCUUUGCCCCGGAAGGACAUAACAAAUCUCUCAGCCUCCCAGAAUUUGAUAAAGUGCUCAGUGACGCUUGGAUCAGGAGUGUGGUAAAUAGUGAUUCUCUAGGAAAGGGGUUAAGUCGACUAUCAGCUUUCCAAAGCUCUCUUCUUAGAGCACAGAGGCGGCUGAAUUUCACCGACGUUGCUGGUGGCGUUCGAAGCAUCAUUGAGAUGUUCAACUUCGACGUUUUUCCUGGAGAUGAUCACAUGUCUGCUGCUGACCAAGAGUGUACUCCGUUAGAACUUAGAUUUAGAGCUAUUUCUGAUCUCAAAAUGUUUAUUGAUGAGAUAGAAGUAGAAUUCAAUAACCUAACUAUGCUGGCCAUAAAAUUGUCUUUUUUUCUCUCGGGGAACUCGGAUGCUGGACAAGAUUUUUUGAAAAUCCACAGGGAACAUGAAACGGUUGUGAUUAAGAAACUUAACGAAACUGGACAGCUAAAAAGUUUAAAGGCACAUUUAUCAAUGAUAAAUCAACAAUUAGAGCUCAUCAAUACCUUUCCUAUACAUGACAUUAAUGUUUAUGCCAGGUACGCUCAAUUGGACAUCGGUUGGAUAUAUUCACAACACAAAGAUGAAUUAGAGAAGUACGCUGAUUAUUUCAACUGCCUUCAAAAUAACGCCUACCUGAAAUACAAAGCUUCUUUAAGCAUUGCGACGAAAAGGAUCAGCGAUCAUGUUUACAAUUCAACGUAUCAAAAUUCAUUCAACAACCUCCUAGGUGUCUUUAAAAACUCUACAUCCGCUGUAGAUGAUAUGUUCGUGAUGAAGCGACAUAUGAAAGCGAUGAAGAAUUUUCACACAGUGGAAACAGAUGCUCUGGGAGAGUUUAAGGAUGUAGAAUCUUACGCUGAGAAUCUUCGCCUAGCAGUUCAAGGACUCGAAAAACUAUCCGAUUUGGUGGAGAAGAAGGAUCAGUUGAAGUAUGUCAUAGAUAAUAUUAAUGUUCUCAUAGAAUCUGUAUCAGUUAUGGAUGACGUUCCUCAUUUGUACAAUCUCCAGAAAAUAGUACUGUUGAAAUCAGAAUUCCGGAUGCUUCACCUAUCAUUGGAAGGCUUCGAAGAACAGGCUACAGACUCUAUAGAGUCUAUUGUUCUCGAGGAUUACGAACAACUUUUUGUGCAAGCUCGGAGCAUUCCUAGCAUCGAGGGAGACUUCGAAGCAAUAGGGAAUUCUGUUGGAGAGCUGGCACGACUUGUAACAAAUGUAACUGUCAAGGAGAUUCUGAGAAAUGUCAAUGUAUCACUGAACUCGUUGGAUUUGGAUUUCACUUCCUACCGUGUGCACUUUGCGAAUGUGGCUUUGAGGGAGCUUGACGUAUUCUUUGCGAAUUUCUCGAAGAAGUUCGAAAAGCCGGAGGAGCUGGAUGUUCGGGUGGAGCAGAAGGAAAGGAGAAAGGCAAAGAAUCCAAAUGAACGUGAGAGAUUGGACAGAAUUCCUUGGUGGUUCGUGUUCGGAUGUGUGACAAGUAUUCUAUUUGGUGCUCUAUUCGCUUUGGCCUAGUGAACUCGAAUUUUUAUUUCAAUAAAUUAUUUU